AUGUUGGACCAUCACGACUCGACCGACGACGCUGCUGGCGGCGGAGUGGGCUAUCCCGCUGAGCAGUAUCAACGGUCAAACCCAAGACGCGGCGGACCGGGGCCAUAUGCACCACCGCCGCCUAGGUUACAGUCGAGGCCGCAGUGGCCGACCACCGGACCCUGGCCGAAACACGAUGACGCUCAUGCCGCAAAUGCGUUCGAGUAUUCUCCUCAGCGCCGACCUUUCCGCUUCCAAAACCCCCCUCCCGGCCCAAUGCGUCCUUCAGAUGAGCAAAUAGCCGUCGUUCCCCAGCCUCGAUCUGAGUCGCCGUCGAGAGCCGCAGACGACGUCAAUCGACCUAGCCCCGUGGUGGAAAAUUUCUCCCGGCCGCGGAAAACCAGUGUCAGAUCCCAGCAAUCAGACAGUGCCUUGUCGCGGCGCAUGGUGGCACAUCGGUUCCAUGCCGAGCCGUCGCCGUUGGAUCAGCCGCCGCCGCCGCCAACCAGCAACCCGCAAGGACCAAUUCGUUUCAGUUCGGCCGCAAAUCCGUGGCCGAGAACCCGUCGGCUUUCUGGCUCUUCAUCCCAGUCCUCCAGCACCUUCUCCUCGAUCCCGCCCCGUCCGAGUAACGACGGCCUUAACAGUGCACCGAGAAACGAUUAUUCAAGACACCCGAAUGCAGGUAUCAUCGCCCCGACACCCGUUUUUCCGAGACCACCGCCGGCCCACCACAACCCCGGCGGCCCCUCUCAGACACAUCUCCGCGAGAUCCCUCCGUGGCUGGCGGCUGGUGACGAGCUUCGGUCGAGUUUCCGGUCGCAAUUUACUUCUUCCACGGCACAAGGGACCCUUUUUACCGCAAAUGGGACCGAGCGAAACAGCGUUUUGACGAAAGCGAGCAGCGUCACGGAGCAAUCUAUCAUCAACGGAUAUGCACGGAGGAGUUGGCGAGCGAAUUCUGUGGAUGACGGCCCGAGCUUGGAGGACGUGAUGGGCAUGUACGAAAGAGGCUUCAAUGACUCGGACAUCGAGAGCCUCCGUCGUAGCAUGAGAUUUACCGAAGACGACAUCCCCGAGACCGAUCCAAAUUUCGAGGUGCCGGCGAUAGGAGGUUCGCGUCCGGCCAGCCGCCACUCCGACGCGAGCGGGUUGCGGGCGAAGAUGCUAGAAGCGAUGAGCGACAGCCUGCCGACUUCCGAACCACUUCCGAUACCCGAAUCAGGCUGCUCAACGGCGAGGCAGUCAAGGACCCGACGUUCACUGUUGCCGAGUUCGUUACCGAGCGAGAUCGGCCUAGGCCUUAUGAGCGAACAGACCCCUAGACGGGACAAGGCGGAGUCGGAUACCGUAGAGAAACACGACUCCGCCAAGUUGCUAGAUGGCGAUGAAGAUUCGGUAAUCCCUCAGGAAGUGACUACCCAACCGCCCACACCAACUUCGCCAGUUUCGCCAAUUUCGCCAGCGCAGAAUCAACCCCCAAACGCCGACCUGCCUUCGCCGCACACCAGCACGCCAGCGGCCAUCCCUCGCCUCCCACAGGAACCCCCAGAAGAGCCGGGCAGCCGUGAUCGGUACGGGUUUCGAAAAGCCAGUGCUAAUGUCAGUCGCCAGGAAUAUGAUGCCUGGGACAGCACGUAUAGCGAAUACCUUGCUCGGAGACGCAAGAAGUGGAUUGCAUUUCUCAAGGACAACUCUCUGAUGACGGACCGGCCAAAUCGAUUCCCCACACAUAGCGCAAAGACGAAGCGCUUUAUCCGGAAAGGAAUCCCGCCAGAUUGGAGGGGCGCGGCCUGGUUCUACUACGCGGGGGGACCUGCUAUUCUGAGCAAGCACCGUGGGGUUUAUGACCAGCUGGUGCAGCGAGCUGGCUUGAACCCGAGCGGCCCAGGUGUGAUCGCUGGUCGACUUGGCGAGGUGAAACCUCUGAUUGUCGAGGAUAUCGAGAAGGACCUUUACCGGACAUUUCCUGAUAACGUGCGGUUCAAACCGCCGCCACCACCCGCUGGAGAAAGUGCUCCUCAACCGACCACGUCCCCGCCGGCCAUUGAGCCCGAGAUUAUCGGGUCGCUUCGGCGCGUCUUACACGCCUUUGCGCUUUACAACCCGCGCAUCGGCUACUGCCAGUCCCUGAACUUCCUCGCGGGACUGCUGCUUCUAUUUGUCGAGACCGAGGAACAAGCCUUCUGGCUGUUGAACAUCAUCACCCGCGUCUACCUGCCAGGGACGCACGAGAUGAGCCUCGAGGGGUCCAAGGUUGACUUGGGCGUCCUAAUGGUUGCGUUGAAGGAUUCCAUGCCAGGUGUGUGGAAACAAAUUGGUGGCGACGAGCUUGAGGCGGGCAAAAAGAACAGGGGACGGCGGGGCAACAAGUCAGCGCAUGGCGGUAACUCCGGCAGCAUCAGCGACCCCAACCGCCUCCCCGCCAUAACGCUCUGCAUGACGGCUUGGUUCAUGUCCUGCUUCAUUGGCACACUGCCCAUCGAGGCCGUGCUCCGCGUCUGGGACGUGUUCUUCUACGAAGGUUCGCGCACACUGUUCCGCAUCGCCCUGACCAUUUUCAAGCUCGGCGAGCGUGAGAUCAAGGCGGUGCAGGACCCGAUGGAGAUGUUCGGCGUGGUGCAAACCUUUCCCCGCCGCUUGGUCGACUGCAACUUGCUCAUGGAGACCUGCUACAAGCGGCGUAACGGCAUCGGCCACCUCAGCCAGGAGUCGGUCGAGGAGAAGAGGCAGGAACGCCGCGACGGCAUCCGCCGGUGGAAGACGGAACAAGAAGCCGCCGCCAGCGACAGCAACAGCCCGCGACCUUCGACCAGGCACCGGUUCGGCGCGGCGGCGCUGGGGUUGGACCUCGCGGCCGACCUGGACGAGGUGCGUCGCAAGGCCACGCUGUUCGGGCGGCGAAAGGAUCGCGAGCAGGACCGAGCUGCCGAGGUGGCCUAG